AUGACGAACCCCAGCUCGGCCUUUUCCAGCGGCUCCCUGGGGAGCUCUUCCCAAGGGAUGAGCCGGGACCCGGCCGGAUUUGGGGGGACCCCCGAGAGCCCCCCUAAAUUGGGGCCGCUCCUGAGGGACCCCCCGAGCCGGGAGGUCGAGCCCGAGCUGCGGGAGCUGCGGCGGAGGGAGAAGGACGAGAUCAAAGAGCUCAACAACCACUUCGUGACGCUCAUCGAGAAGGUGCAGUCCCUGGAGCGGCAGAACCGGGUGCUGAGCACGCGCUGGCGCUUCCUGACGGAGCAGGAGAAUUCCCGCUCGGAGCCGGAGGCGCGGGAAGUCUACGAGGAAUUCAUGGCCAGGAUGGGCCGGGAGAGGAAGGCCCUGAGCUCCCAGCAGGAAAACCUGGAGAGGGAGCUGGAAAAGGUCCUGGGAUCCAUGGAUGCAUUCCGGAGCAAGUAUGAGGAUGAAAUCCGGCUCUGCAGUGGGAUGGAAUUCACCUUCAUGGAGCUCAAAAAGGAUCUGGAUGUCAGCACCCUGCACCGCACGGAGCUGCAGGUGAAGCUCAAGGGGCUCCAGGAGCUGCUGGAGCUCAAGAAAACCAUUUACGAGAGGGAGCUGCAGGAUCUGCUCUCGGACAUCGGGGCCAUCUCUGUGGAUUUGGGAAUUCCGGGCGGGUCCCGCCGGGAUCUGGAGCGGCUCGUGCGGGACGUGCGGGCCCAGUACGAGGGACUGGCCCGGAGAGCAUGGGACGAGGCAGAGGCACUGGCCAGGAGGAAGCUGAGCGAGGGCGGAUCCCAGGCCGGGAAUUUCGGGGGGCACCUCCUGGAUGGGAGGAGGGAAAUGGCGGAGCUGAACAUCCAGAUCCAGAAACUGCGCUCGGGAAUCGUCUCCCAACGGAGCCAGUGCCUGUUCCUGGAGCAGCUCAUCCAGCAGGUGGCCGAGCAGGGGGACCUGGCCCUGAGGGACGCCCGGGCCAAGCUGGGGGGGCUGCAGGAGGCCCUGCAGGGCUCCAGGGAGCGCCUGGCCCAGCUGGUCAAGGAGCACCAGGAGCUGAUGGACCUCAAGCUGGCCCUGGACGUGGAGAUCCUGGCCUACAGGAAGCUGGUGGAGGGCGAGGAGAGCAGGGACCACCCCAUCCCCGCCGUCAUCAGCGCCGUCCACUCCCGGCCCCGGCCCCUUCCCGCCGGCACCCGCUGGAAUUCCAGGAUUUUGGCUCGGGAAGCCGAGGGGGGGGAGCAGUGACCCCCCCACCCCCCAAUCCCACGGGAAAGGGGGGGGGGAUCCCACCUGGGAAGCUCUGGAAUGGGAAUAGAGAUCCUGGGAAUGCCUGGAAUGGACCUGGGAAUGCCUGGAAUGGACCUGGAAAUCAC